AUGACGAGGAGGAGGAAGAAGAAGAAGAAGAAGAAGAAGAAGAAGAAGAAGAAGAAGAAGAAGAAGAAGAAGAAGAAGAAGAAGAAGAAGAAGAAGAAGAAGAAGAAGAAGAAGAAGAAGAAGAAGAAGAAGAGGGUGGAGGAUGGUGAUGAGGAUAUGCAGGACUGCAUUCAUGUGGCCGCCCAGGUUCCCCAGCCGAACCCCUUUCAGCAACCUGCUCCUCAGCAGCAACAGGCGUUUCCACAGCAAGUUCCUGCGCAGCAGGCCCAGCCAGCCUCUCCGAUCCAGAUGCAACAGGCAGCCCCUCAGGCACCUGUUCAUCAGCCUGCGGCAUUGCAACCAGCGCAAAUGAUGCCUCAGAUGGUCCCUGGCAACAUCGCCUACGGAAAUAACGGAAACCAGCCAGCUUUGCGCACCGCCAAUGGGCAGCUGGUUGACAAUUUUGAGCUGAACUCAAUGAUUCUAGAUGAUGACCCAUUGUUCAACUCCUUUCCCCAGGUGCCUGCUAUGGCGGACCAGGAUGACCAGGAGAUCGAUGUGAUGGAGCAGUAUCGUCUCACCAUGGAUCAAGGUCUUGCAGAAGCGCGCUUGAUCGCAGAAAGAGAGCAACUGGCGGAGAAAGAGCUGGCCGAAGCCGCUGCAAACGACAACGCAAUGUUUGAUCAGUUCAUCAACUUCAACCCUAACUAA